GUUGCAUCAGUCGUCAAAUUAAUUAGCAGAGAUUUCAUUUUCAGAGCCGCAGUUGACUGUGUCGGUGCACCGUUUUCUUGUGAGCUAUCACAAUAUGCCAUAAAGCCUAAAAUUACCAGAGUAGAUGCACAGGCAUUGCCCUGGUGACACAUUUUGGACCAAAAACGAAUUCUGAAUUCUGUGUCUGAAUGCACCUGAUGUGUGAAUUUCAACUACCUGCAUGUACUCCCGCCAUACCUGAGAGUUGAACUGUGAAGAGCGCAGGCAGCAUACUGGCUUGGCUACAGCGCAUGCUGAGAGCUUCAAAGCUCUGCCAUUGCCGUGUUGUUUUAGACUGAUCAUCAGUGCCACUUACAACUUGGAAAUUGGUUGAUUACAGACCUAGGGGAGGAAGCUGAGCAGAAGAAGAGUCAGCAAGACUUCCACACAAGCAAUAAAAGAGUUAUUCAAAGUUCAAACAAGGAAGACAAGAGAAGGGACAGUAUUAUUCAUAGCAGGAAAAGUUUGAAUGAAAUAUCAAAGGAGACAGAAGAUGCAAAUUCAAGUUGUGCACAGAAUUAUGGCAGCUCUACUGGAUGUAACUUUCCUGGGAAUCAUUUUUAUCGUGUUGUGCGACAAUGUUACUUCUCAGGAAAUAAAUUACAAAAUGGCUUCCAGCACUGCAACUACAUUGAUGCCUAAUGAAAACUUCCCAGAUUCCUCAGUUGAAAAUGACCCCAAGGUCAAAGGUCAGAGUUCAAAACUCGACCAAUCAAACACAGGAAGCGAUUCAGCAUUCAAUAAUACAGAUAUGAAAAUGAAGUCUCCGGUUGCCCUUCAUAUCAGAUGGGUAAGAAGUUCCACAGACUCCAUCACAAUCAAAUGGAAGACCACCGUUCUUCCUCAAGAUUUCAAUCUCUCGAUAACGGGCUAUAAGAUUCAAUACAGCAAAGAUGACGGCCUCAAACGUUUGGUGACUAGUGAGCAUGCCAAGGAGUUGAAGCUUUACAAAAUACAAGACCUUGCCACGGACCACAACUACGACGUGUGUGUGUUGGCAGAGGCACGCAUUACGGUCAAUACAACCUACAUGCAAACAUUUACGGAAUGCAUCAAGGCACGCACAUUACCAAUCAUGCACCCCAGCAGUGUCAUCUCACUCUGUACGAUUAUCGGAGUGGUUUCAAUCGUGGUUUUUGCAGCUUGGCUUUACUGGAGAUGGAAGAAGUCACAGGAAGACAAGAAACAGAUUGAUGCCAAUGCAGAUGAAAAAGAGGCAAUGGCCUUGACCUCAGACACAAAUAAUACCCAUGAUGAUAACACUGUAUCAAACAAUGGACCCCAUGUUAGCAGUAUAGAAGACCCCGCUGCUUACGUAUAGCAUCACUGUGUGCAUUGGCAGAUAUGGCAGGAUUAGCUUUUUUGAAUUGCUCUCUCACUUAUCCAAGUACCAUCAAAAUGUUAUUUUCCCAGAUGUUUUCAACCACGUAUGUGAGAACAAGGAAACCACAAUCCUACUGAUUCCAUUGAUUCUGGAAUACGACUGAUUUUUGAGGUCAACAAGUUCAACUUGUUCAGCCUUGGGGCCUUUUGUAUUUUUUCCUAUUCAGCAACAUUGUAAAGCAAUCUUUUUCUACUGGUACAAAUAUCUGGUUUAAUAUGUACAAUGUACAGAGUGUAUAAAUUUUAAUAUGUCCAAUGUACAGCGUCACUUGUACACUGUGUAAUCUAUAACAUAUGUACAUUCACCAGUAGCUUAAGUGUUGUAUAGUGUUCCAAGGGAAAGUUCUGCACAUCAUUUUUCACCCAAUCUGUGUUAAUUCCCAUUUUAUUAACGCUCACAUAUAAAAUCUGUCAUUUUUUUCUUAAUGUCUGCAUUAGCCAGCUUUGUAAGUAAGGCCAUGUUCACAGCUAGAUUAACUUAUUCUGGAUACUGACUAAUUACCUGACAUUCCCAGUCCACCAGAUUAUAUAGGCUUUUCAAGCUUAAAGGUAUAAUAACUCUUCGUUUCGGCCAAAAAAUGAAUUUUCCUGGAGUAAACAACAAUUUUCCCAUA